AUGGCAGCAAGUUCAGCCUCACUAUUACCUCUAACCUUCAAUAGGGAACAAUACCAUAUGUGGGUUGUUAAGAUGAAGGCUUACUUGAGAGGUCAGAGUCUAUGGCAGUACAUAGAAGAAGAGAAGCAGUCGCCACAGUUGGGGCCAAAUCCAACCUUGAAUCAAAUAAGAAUCCAUGAAGAGGAGACUAUUAAAGCUCUAAGAGCUCUAUCCCACAUACAUGCAGUUGUUACGGAUCAAGUCUUCACAAGGAUAAUGGCUUGUGAGACAGCAAAUGAAGCUUGGGACAAACUUAAGGAAGAAUUUGGAGGAAGUAGCCAAACCAAAAACAUGCAAGUCUUGAACCUAAGGAGAGAGUUUGAGACAUUGAAAAUGCAAGAGGCUGAAGUGGUUAAGGAGUAUGUAGAUAGAUUAAUGAAUAUGGUUAACAAGAUAAGGUUGCUAAGGGAAGAGAUAACUAAUAAAAGAAUUGUAGAGAAGGUAUUGGAUUCCAAAGACUUGUCUCAAAUUACCUUAACUGAACUUGUUCAUGCACUUCGAGCUCAAGAGCAAAGAAGAAAGUUGAGGCAGGAGGACAGUGGCAAAGUUGCAUUGGUUGUCCAGCAAAAGAGCAAGCCAACUCAGGGAGGAAACAAGAGGUUUAUUGGAGAUAAGAGAGGAAAGGAAAGAGCAAGCAGUCAGUGGAACAAACCAAUAGGUUUCAGGAGUUUUGCACCAUGUUCUCACUACAAAAAGAAGAACCAUGCAGAGAGCAAGUGCUAG